AUGACCCCCAAGCCGAAGACAGGGUCGAAGGCGUCCCCUGCCCCGGUGGAGGCGGAGCGUGGCUGCGGCGAGGACCACGCGACGGCGCCGGUCGUGGAGACAGCAGAGGUGGCAACAGAGAGGGCUCCCACGGCAGGUGCAGCGGAGCCAGCCGCUCCUGUGCCAGUUGUCGGUUCGACAACAGAGAUGUACAGCCAGCUGCAGGGGAUUCUGUCUGUGGAUGGUAACCUGGUGAACCACUACCUUCCACAGGUACUACAGCUUGUACAGGCGGCGGAGUCUGCCGAAACGCCAAUCCUGCUGAGGGUAAAGUUUCUGGAGUUUGUUGGACAGCACGUGACCGCUGUGCGUGACAACAAUGCGCUACGCAAGAUCGUGACAUCCCUCGUGAAGAUCGUUGGCGGAGCUGAUAACACACCGCAGUUGCUUACGGCUGCUGUGCAGGCGUUCGCCGGCCUGGGUCCCGUCUCGGUGGUUGAUAAGAACUGGGAGUACCUGGCUCGUGAGGGAGCGGAUGUGCUCAUGCAGGUGAUGGUUGACCGGGACGCGUUUCCAGAAAGCGUUUGUCAGGCUGCAUCCAAGUCACUGGACUCGCUGACGAGCAGCGCGUUUCGCUCUGUGCUGGCAAAGCUGUUGCACUGGCUGAGUCUCGAUCGCGAGGAAGACGACGAGGUGCAGGUCCAGAAGGAGCGGCACAUGGCGCUGACGCGCCUGACGCGCCUCGUCAUGGCGCCCAGCUACCGCAAGCACUGGACAGAGGAGACGCAGCUUUAUGCCGAGCCGCUGCUGCAGCGUGUGCUAAGCACUGUUGAUGCUCGCGAGUUCGCUCAGCUGGCGCGUGUGACGGCGCACCUACCGAUCAACCACGACAAGGGCAACCUCCCCCUUCUCGACUGGUACGUGAAGACUCACAGGCUGAGCGACGACCGCCACGUUGAGGCCGUUGCAAUCAUUGGUCGCUUUGUUGCCAGCUCUGUCGAGUACGACCUGUACCCAGCCCUGGAGGCGGCAGGCAUCACGUCUCGUGAUAUCGACGCCUCGAGUAACAGAAGUGUUGACGUGGCGAAGGUGGUGCUGCUUGCCAGUCGCAUCGCCACGGCCGAGGCGGCCGAGAAGCUGUACCCCUACGUCUACGGUCAAGUGGUGUCGAUGAUGUCUGACAUGCAUGGCACCCUCACCGCGGCAAACCUCAUCACGGUUGAGGUCUUCCUGUUCGCCGCGGUGGCUCUGGCGCGCAAGCGGUCUGCUGAGGCGCUGCAGCAGCUGAACGAUACCUCCUUCAACGCGAGCGCUACCGCGGCCGCACAGGCAGCAGCUGACAUGUACAAACAGGUCGUGUUCGCAGUGAAGAAGGCGGCACAGAGCAAGGAGGCGGACGCCACAGACGCGAACGCCGUGGCUAGUCUGAACAACAUCAAAACGAUCACCGAGGCCUUCGCUGCUAAGCGCCUCCCUCUGGGAGAGAUCAAAGAAAGCUGGAUGCGCGCCACGAACAGCAUCCCUGUUGCGAAGCGCAACCGCGAGGAUUCACAUGGCACCAUGCCUCCAGUUCUCGGUGUGCAGUCCCUCUCACGGGCAGCAAAGAAGCGCAGCACCAGCCAGAAGGCGCCGGACCGCAAGCGGGCGCGCGACGACCACAAAAGUCACAAUAGUGAUCGCCUAUCGAGACGUGGUGGCCGCCGCUAA